AUGCAGUUCAACAAGGAGGAGUUCCGGAGGGUGGUGGGGGCCGGGCUCGGCCGCCUGCACCGGGUCCUCGAGCGGCGCCAGGAUGAUGCUGAAGGGCUGGAGCUGAGCUCGGGGCGGGGGGGGCCGGGAGGGGGGGAGGUUUUUGGGGGGGUGCCCCCCCCGCGCCCCCCCCCCGUGGUGGACUGCACGUGCUGGGGCCUGCCCCGGCGCUAUGGGAUCGCCCUGCUCUGCGCCGCCGGCUUCUGCAUCAGUUUCGGCAUCCGCUGCAACCUGGGGGUGGCCGUGGUCAGCAUGGUCAAUGGCGUACAUGGGCAGCGCCCCCAGUUCAACUGGGACCCCGAGACGGUGGGGAUGAUCCACGGCUCCUUCUUCUGGGGGUACAUCGUGACCCAGAUCCCAGGGGGCUUCAUCGCCCAGAGGUUUGCUGCCAACAGGGUGUUCGGGCUCGCCAUCGUGGCCACGUCGCUGCUGAACAUGCUGAUCCCGGCGGCCGCGCGCACCCACGUGGGCUGCGUCGUCACCGUGCGCGUCAUGCAGGGAUUGGUGGAGGGCGUGACGUACCCGGCCUGUCACGGCAUCUGGAGCAAAUGGGCCCCCCCAUUGGAGCGGAGCCGCCUGGCGACCACGGCCUUCUGUGGCUCAUACGCGGGGGCUGUGGUGGCCAUGCCCUUGGCCGGGCUCCUGGUGCAAUACACGGGCUGGAGCUCCGUGUUCUAUGUCUAUGGCAGCUUUGGGGUGUGCUGGUACCUCUUCUGGGUGCUGGUGUCCUACGAGAGCCCAGCCCAACACCCAACCAUCAGCCCCCAGGAGAGGAAGUACAUCGAGGAGAGCAUCGGGGAGGGCGCGGGGGGGCCCCUGCGGCUGCCCACCCCCUGGCGCCACUUCUUCACGUCCCCCCCCGUCUACGCCAUCAUCGUGGCCAACUUCUGCCGCAGUUGGACCUUCUACCUGCUGCUCAUCAGCCAGCCCGCCUACUUCGAGGAGGUCUUCGGGCUCAACAUCAGCCAGGUGGGGCUGCUCUCGGCCCUGCCCCAUCUGGUGAUGACCAUCGUGGUGCCCAUCGGGGGCCAAGUGGCCGAUUUCCUGCGCUCCAGGGGGAUCAUGUCCACCACCAACGUGAGGAAGAUGAUGAACUGUGGAGGUUUCGGCAUGGAGGCCACGCUGCUGCUGGUGGUGGGUUACUCGCACUCCCGCGCCGUCGCCAUCUCCUUCCUCGUCCUGGCCGUGGGCUUCAGCGGCUUUGCCAUCUCUGGGUUCAACGUCAACCACUUGGACAUCGCCCCCCGCUACGCCAGCGUCCUCAUGGGGCUCUCCAAUGGCGUGGGGACGCUCUCGGGGAUGGUUUGUCCCCUCAUCGUGGGGGCCCUCACCCGGCACAAGACGCGGGAGGAGUGGCAGUGGGUGUUCCUCAUCGCGGCGCUCGUGCACUACGGGGGCGUGGCCUUCUACGCCGCGUUCGCCUCCGGGGAGCCGCAGUGGUGGGCGGAGCCUCCGCGCGAGGAGGCGGAGCCUCUGGCGCCGAGGGGCGGGGACAGCGACGGGGAGGGGGAGGAGGACGACGGAGAGGAGGGGGAGGAAGGAGGAGGCUUCGGGGUGGGGGGGGGACCCCCCGGAGGGCCCCCCUCGGGUUAUGGGGCCACCGGAACCACCCCGGCCCCUGCGCCAGCCCCACGUGGGGAUACCCCUGGGUGAGACACCCCAAACACCCCCCGGCACCCCCUUGGGACCACUGGAGAUGCCCCGAGCCCCGUCAAGGAUCUCCCGGGACCCCCCGACUCCCCGCAAGGACCCCCGGGACCCCCUCAGGGACCCACCAGGAGCACCAGAGACCUCCCCCGAGCCCUCAAAGACCCCCCUGGGAGCACUGGGACCCCCCCCAACCCCUCAGAGACCCCUCAGAGCCCCCUCAGAACCCCCCCAAGGCUGCCCCCUCCAUCCUGUGUGUCCCCCCCGCUGUACAUAUAUAAAUACAGGGGGGGCUGCGGCCCCCGGAUCAGC